CAAGAUGGCUUCCUUUCUACAGCGCUGCCCAGUCAUGGCCUGGGACAGGGCUAUAUUCCUGAAGAAAACAAGGCCCCAGAUGUUGCUCAGUGCUAAUCGGUGCCCUAUCAUGGCAGCCCGGAGCCUGACUACAUCCAGCCCGGGAAGCAAGGAGGCAAAAGUCCAGGCGUGUGGGUCACCUUCUCUGGCUAAGGGCCAGUGUCCCUUCAUGGAAUCUGAGCUGCAGGCUGGGAAGAGCAGCAUUGUACUGAAGGCUGGGCCAGAGAUCCAGGAGGAUGUCAAGACUUUCAAAUCAGUUCCAAUUAGUUGCCUAGUCCAGGAGAUUCAGUCCAGCCUGAGGAGGCAAUUGUGGGGCUCCUUGGGGCAGAAACUGAGCCCGGGGCUCAAGGUCACCCACCUCAUCCAAGACAACAUGCCUG